AUGGCCCUGAACAAUCAAACGGAUUUUCCCCAAGUUAGCAAAAUACCCGACAAUGAAGGACUGUUUGCGCAAGGAUCUUUAUAUUGUUCGAUGAAACGCGAUUCCUUAGGGUCUGUUGCUGGACGGAAAUCUGUCAGAUCUAAUAAUUGGUAUAGGAAAUACGGAGGAAUGACUUAUGAUCAUGGACCAUUGCGAGCUCUUAUAGGACUAGUACGGGUGUUUGUUAUAAUAAUUUAUACAAUUUCGGCACUGAUUAUAUAUACCGAUGCUGUUUUAAUAAUAAAGAUUAAAGGUAUCAUCAAGACGGCAUUCAUGCUUCCUUUGUAUCCAUCGCUUAAUAUCAAGACGUCACAUAAGACACCUACUCAAACCACUCUGAAUGCUUCAUUAUCCUUAGCAAUAAUAGUAGUAGGUCUUACGUGUACCAUUGCUGUCUUUAUCUAUCCUGUUACCUUCCAAAAAAUUCAAUCUGUUUCGAGUACGCUACUUACCAAAUCUAGCGGAGAUCCUGUAAUUAAGGAUACGAAUAACACAAACUGUCUGAAUGGUAUUGGCGAUAGAAUCCGAAUUCGUGAGCUUGAAGCUGUCAUUAUGCAGCUUAAGUCUGAGAUUCAAGAAAUCAAAAGUUAUCCACGCCAAAAAGUAAUUCUAAGUCAGGACAUCACAUUCAAUAUUCCACAAACACUCAAUCGUGUAUAUUUGAUGAUUAACUACUUGGAAGAUAACUUGAAAGAGUUAAAGAAAUCAAUGAUUAGCAAAGAGAUUGUAGAACAAAUUGUAAAUUCAGCUCUUAAAUUAUACGAUGAAGAUAAAAUUGGUUUAGCCGAUUAUGCAUUAUACCCCGCAGGUGGGAGAGUGAUUUCUAUAGGAAAUACGAAGCCGUAUUUGAAUUCAGAAGGAAAACCUUUUCAUUCGCCUAAUAUCAUGAUCCAACCGGAUCUGCAACCUGGGAAUUGUUGGGCAUUUGAGGGUAGAAUGGGGGAAGUUACAAUACAGGGCCUAGAUGAUAUUUAUGCUCACGAAAAGUUACUACUUGGGUCUUUUACUUUCGAAGAUAGCAAUGUAAUGAAUUUGCAGCGGUUUACAGUACAGCAUUUUCCGAAUAGACCGUUUAAUUUAAUCAAGAUUAUAUUUACAUCUAAUCACGGAAGUAGUUAUACAUGUGUUUAUCGAUUUCGUGUUCACGGAUUUUUAGAGAAAUCUACGCUCUAA